GUCUCAAUAAACGUAUCCUUCCAUUCAUAAAAAGCUGAACAAACAACACGACAUGUUUUCCACUGCAUGUGCAGUACAUCAACGUUUUCAUGUUUUAGACAUGUGCCGGCCUCCAGCACCUCAACAUCGGUCAAGUGCCUCGAGUAAACACAGACUGUCUCACAGUGAUGACAUCACAGCUCAGCGGUCUCAUUUCACUAAAUCUGACUGGACUACAGGCGGUUUCUGAUGUUGCCGUGGACUCUUUGCUUCAGAGCUGUGUAAAACUUCAGAGUCUGACUCUCAGCUCCUGUCCUGCAGUCACAGACCUGACACUACUCAACAUCAGCAAAUACACACCUUGUAUCAGGGACCUGGAUGUGAGCGGCUGUAAGGCAGUAACAGAUGCCGGUGUGGAGUCUCUGGCUCUGGGAUGUAGACGACUUCAGCAGCUGGAUCUCAGCUCCACCUGCACAGGAAACAGAGGGGUUACUCUCCUGGCUAAUUACUGCAGCAGUCACCUUCAAACAGUCAAACUGAGUUUCUGUCACAUCAGCGUGGAGAGCAUACUGAAGCUCUGCAGACGCUGCAAGAGGUUAAAGGUGCUUCAUCUCUUCGGCUGUGCUCGUCUCCCGCUAUGGAAGACAUCAGAAAAGUGAACGCUGCUCUAACAGUUUAUCCUCUGCACUGACUCUCACACAAACAUCUGCACACAACUGGACUUAAUGGUAAAUGGAGUUGAGCUUGUACAGUUAUUUUCUCGUCUUC